AAUGAAUAUAAAUGAAUGAGGGCGGUGCGUGCAGCGAGAUUCGUCGGUAGGAGGGCCGCGCGCUCUUUGAGCCCGCGGAGACCGCCAGCUGGGCGCUCUUGUUAUUGUUAGUAUCUAAGAUACCCAUUCUCCCUCACCCCGCGCCGCCCGCCCACCUAUAUCCCUGUACGCACCGCCCUUAUUCAUUUAUAUUCAUUAAUUAAUAACUCCGUUAAUAUUGCGAAAAUCGCAAAAUGACAUAGGACUUUUCUAUUCAACUAAGUCCAAAUACAUGUCAUUAACGAGUGGCACGGGGUCAUUGAGACACCCUGUAUAGCGAUUCCUCAACUGAAGGUGGUAUGGGCAUCAGCAAAGUGUGUUACUCUUCCUCUCGCCUCGCAUAUAUACUUUCCAGUUAAAUUAUUUAAUUUGUUUAAAUUGGCAUAAUGAUAACACAAGAUGGUGCAUGAUACCACCACGCAAUUGUUACAGCUGUUUCAUGACAAUUUCAUGUCUCCGCAUGGGACAGGCGCUCAAGAAAUUUAACUAAAAAAAGAAAUAAAAUUUGAACGUGUGUUUCCUUCCCACGGUAAAGUUAUUCGUAAAAUAAUACCGGAGAGGGAAGUACGCGCAAGCGCAGUUCCCUUUUCUAACGCUCUAUAGUUCUCGGCGUUCAGUCCAUUGUGUGUAGUCGUGAUGUUCGUAUGUGCGUUAAGCGGAGCAGCGGCUCAUCGAUUUUACAUACAUUUAAAGUCUAGAAUUACUGGUAAAGGAGUCUUACAAUUCCAAAAAGAUAAAUGUAUUUGCGCGUGUGUGUUCCGUGUGUUACAUCUACUCCAUUUUAAUACUAUCAAACAAGAUGUCUACCUACUCUAUUCUAAUACUAUCAGACAAGAUAUCUGGUCGUUACUGCAUGGAGUACAUGAAGAACACCGGCCGCCAUUGUGCCGGUACUGCAACGUACUGCAACAAAAUCAGGAUAGUUUGUUGUUUCGAGGAAUUAUCAAAAUCAUAAUGAAAAGAAAAAGGGGGAACUGUUGAACACUAUCAGAAAAACUUUAUCGUGAAAAACUUUAUUAUUAAAUUUAACAGUACGAAUUUCCAAGGAUGAAAGUUUUAAAUAUUAAGUAUAUGUAAAAGUUUAAGUCUUUUUCCCAGUGCUCUAGUAUUAUUAUUUAAAAUUCAAAUAAAUCCCUGUUGUUUUGCAGUUUUGUAAGAUUGGUAUCAAAAUCUAUCAAACACCGUAUACGUUCAUUGUUUCUUGCACGAUAUUCAGGACAUUGUGGAUGGUAUGUACAAGAGUAAUGUUUGUUGAUACUGCGUGAGAAACCGCAAAAAUAUAGGUGCGUGACAAUGAUGGCGAUAUUCUUAAUCUCGUCGUCGAUGUAAUUUUCUCGAAUGGUCUUCUAACAGUGGACAAACAACGAACAGGAUCAAUCUGACAAUAAACUAGAAGACCAAGAAAAUAUAGCUGUAUUGGGCGACAAUGAAGAAUAAGAUGAUGUCUUCGAAGAUUUAAUUGAAGAGUGAAUGCUGAAUAACCACGAGUUACGUUACGUUCAUUCAUAAUUUGCGGAAUCGAGUUAGAAUUCAACCACCUAUCAGUUAGUCAACUUUCGUAGCAAAAUAUAGUAUAUUAUCUUGUAUGUUUGUAUGUAUAGUAUCUUGUAUGUUUCAGAAAGUAGUUAAUUGUAGAAAUAGAAAUAGAAAUAGAAAUAGAAAGAAAAAGAUAAUUUUUUAAACGAGGUUAACAUAUGUACAACUUCCAUGAAAGUCAUAUGACUGCUUUCUUUUUCGUACUAUGUGAGCCGAUCUCUCGUUCAAAUACUCACGCUCACUUAUAUGCGUUUAAUAAUAGAUAGCACGUAUAUGUAAAAAGUAAAAGUAAAGUUAUAUUAAA